AUGGAGAACGAGAACCAAACUGUGGUAAAAGAAUUUAUUCUAACCGGACUUUCCCAGGACCGGAGGACUCGAAUUCUGCUUUUUGUUUUGUUUUUGUUCAUGUAUUUACUGACUGUUUUCGGGAACAUUUUAUUAAUAUGCGCAGUUAUAGCCAACUCUCGUAUGCACACGCCUAUGUACUAUUUUCUCUGCCAGUUAUCCUUUCUGGAUUUAUUCUAUUCAACAAGUGCUGUCCCCAAACUGUUACUUGACCUGAUUUCUACAAUAGGAGGAAGAAUAUCAUACAUUGGGUGCAUCGCACAAAUGAAUACAUGUCUAUUCCUAGGAGAAACGGAAUGUAUCCUGCUGGCGGUGAUGGCAUAUGAUCGUUACGUAGCGAUCUGCUUCCCCUUGCGUUAUAUGGUUAUUAUGAGCUGGAGGAUAUGUAAAAAUAUCACAGUUGUGGUAUGGCUGGGGAGCUUUGCUUGUUCUGUCCUUCCUACAGUAUCAAGCCUACGUCCCAUCUGCAAAGGAAACCAAAUUGAUCAUUUUAUUUGUGAAAUUAUAGCUUUAAUGAAACUGGUUUGUGGAGACACUUCGUUUGAUGAAGCCAAAAUCAUUUUUGCAAGUUUCUUCACACUUUUAGUCCCUUUAGCUUUUAUUUUAGUUUCCUACAUGUGUAUUAUAGCGUCCAUAUGGAAAAUCCAUUCUACAAAUGGAAGAACUAAAGCUUUUUCAACAUGCGCUUCCCACCUGACUGUAGUAUUAAUGUUUUAUGGGACCAGUAUGUCUCUGUACCUGGGCCCAACAAAACAGUUUUCAAAAAAACACAAGUACAUCACAGUCUUUUAUGUUAUUGUGACUCCCAUGUUAAACCCUUUGAUUUACAGUUUGAGAAAUAAUGAAGUUAAAAGUGCAGUUAUGAAAGUAUUCAGUAGGUCAUGA